CGUGAACCACCGCGCCGGGCCAGCUGUACUCUUAAAGGGUCGGAGCAAUGCUGGUGCUGGAGACCGAGGCGAGGAGGUGACGCUCAGGGGACUUCAGCCGCGGAACGCCGCGAGAGGACAAACCCAGGUCAGAGGGAUCCCUCCGCGGCCCCCACGCCAGGUAUCGGUCUCGCGCCCUGGCGUGGCCCGGUUGGUCUGCAGAGCAGGCGUCGGGGCCGGCAGAGGGCGCCCGGCGUGAGGGGGAGGAGGAGGAGGGAGCCGGGGCAGCCCGGGGAGGGUGCCGCCCCGCGGGGGUCUGCAGCUCAGGUCGGAGGGUCGGCUGCGUGGGUCGGGGAAUCUGGAUUCCGUGGGUUCAACGCCCAGGGGUUCCAGGAGCCCCGAUAGUUCUCGGACGCCCGGCAGGCUCCGACCCACUCGUCCCAGCACCCCUCCCCCGUCCCCGUCCGCGGGCCCCUCCCCGGUCGCCCCUCCGGGCGGGGCUGCUCCCGGGUCAAGGCUGGCGCGGGUCUUUGGGCCCUGGCCUUCCGGUGCACCAGGCGGAGGACAGAAAACCUGAGCAUCCACGCGCAGGGGUAGAGAGUGGGGGCCAUUCUGGGGGUGCACUGCCCCGCCCCCUCCGGGUCCGCCUCGGCCGCACCCGGGCCUCAGGCCCCGCCCCCUCCCCUCGUCCGGCGGGAGAGCCCCAGGGGCAGCCGCAGCCGCCAGAGCGCCCGCCAGAGCGCCCGCCAUGCGUGCUGCCCACGCUGCGCUGCUGCUCAGGCUGCUGCUCCUGCUGGGGUCGUGGCUGGAGGCUCCGGGCGUUGCGGAGUCGCCGCUGCCCGCCGUGGUCCUUGCCAUCUUGGCCCGCAAUGCCGAGCACUCACUGCCCCACUACCUGGGCGCGCUGGAGCGGCUGGACUACCCCCGGGCCAGGCUGGCCCUCUGGUGUGCCACGGACCACAAUGUGGACAACACCACAGAGAUGCUGCAGGAGUGGCUGGCAGCUGUGGGCGAUGACUAUGCCACUGUGGUCUGGAGGCCCGAAGGGGAGCCCAGGUCCUACCCAGAUGAAGAGGGUCCCAAGCACUGGACCAAAGAAAGGCACCAGUUUCUGAUGGAGUUGAAGCAGGAAGCCCUCACCUUUGCCAGGGAAUGGGGGGCUGACUAUAUCCUGUUUGCAGACACAGACAACAUUCUGACCAACAACCAGACUCUUCGGCUUCUGGUGGGGCAGGGGCUUCCUGUGGUGGCCCCAAUGCUGGACUCCCAGACCUACUACUCCAACUUCUGGUGUGGGAUCACCCCCCAGGGCUACUACCGCCGCACAGCCGAGUACUUCCCCACCAAGAACCGCCAGCGCCGGGGCUGCUUUCACGUCCCCAUGGUCCACUCCACCUUCCUGGUGUCCCUGCGCGCCGAAGGGGCAGACCAGCUUGCCUUCUAUCCUCCACAUCGCAACUACACUUGGCCUUUCGACGACAUCAUCGUCUUCGCCUAUGCCUGUCAGGCUGCUGGGGUCUCGGUCCAUGUGUGCAAUGAGCAUCGUUAUGGGUACAUGAAUGUGCCUGUCAAAUCCCACCAGGGGCUAGAAGACGAGAGAGUCAACUUCAUCCACCUGAUCUUAGAAGCACUAGUGGACGGGCCCCCCAUGCAGGCCUCAGCUCAUGUGACUCAGCCCUCCAAGAGGCCCAGCAAGAUGGGGUUUGAUGAGGUCUUUGUCAUCAGCCUGGCUCGCAGGCCUGACCGUCGGGAACGCAUGCUGACCUCGCUCUGGGAGAUGGAGAUCUCUGGGCGGGUGGUGGAUGCUGUGGAUGGCAGGAUGCUCAACAGCAGCGCCAUCAGGAGCCUUGGUGUGGACCUGCUCCCGGGCUACCAGGACCCCUACUCUGGCCGCACUCUGACCAAGGGCGAGGUGGGCUGCUUCCUCAGCCACUACUCCAUCUGGGAGGAGGUGGUUGCCAGGGGCCUGGCCCGGGUCCUGGUGUUUGAAGAUGACGUGCGCUUUGAGAGCAACUUCAGGCGGCGGCUGGAGCGGCUGAUGGAGGAUGUGGAGGCAGAGAAACUGCCAUGGGACCUGAUCUACCUUGGGCGGAAGCAGGUGAACCCUGAGAAGGAGGCAGCUGUGGAGGGGCUGCCGGGCCUGGUGGUGGCUGGGUACUCCUACUGGACGCUGGCCUAUGCCCUGAGCCUGACAGGUGCCCGCAAGCUGCUGGCCUCACAGCCUCUGCGCCGCAUGCUGCCCGUGGAUGAGUUCCUGCCCAUCAUGUUCGACCAGCACCCCAAUGAGGAGUACAAGGCACACUUCUGGCCAAGGGACCUGCUGGCCUUCUCAGCCCGGCCCCUGCUCGCUGCCCCUACCCACUAUGCCGGGGACGCCGAGUGGCUCAGUGACACCGAGACAUCCUCUCCAUGGGAUGAUGACAGCGGCCGCCUCAUCAGCUGGAGCGGCUCCCAAAAGGCCCUGCGCAGCCCCCACCUGGACGUGGAUGGCAGCAGUGAGCACAGCCUCCAACCCCAGCCUCGAGAUGAGCUCUAGGUCCAGGUGAUGACUGCAAAGGAGUGCCCAGGAGCAGGCCACUGCUGCCCAGGGAGCAGAAGAGAAGGUUGUUGGCAGGGGCCACAGAUCUAGUCAAACCUGCCGCCCCCUUGGGCACGGCCACUCUGCCCUCUGGACCAGUCUUACUUUGGGAGAAACCACUCAGAGAUGGAUCCCAUUCCCUGAAGGUCUCACAGCAAAGGGGCAGGACUCCCAGGCCCCUUGACCCUACCUGGCCUGAUUCAGGGCCUGGUGGCCCCCAGCCUUCUGUUUCAAGCUGGGCAGACCCCAGGAGCCCUUCCCUCCCUAAGGAAUCAGCCAGUGGGCUCCUCUGUCCCCUUCUACCUCCACCUCAGGCCCCUCCCCUAGCUUGAUGUUUGGGUCUCCCCAGCACUGUCCUCCCUGGCCGGUGCAAAGUGCAGGGGGCUGGAGCAGGACCCUUGCAGACCUGUUGCCCAGCACAUAGUAAGCCCUCAAUAAAAGCCAUUUACACUAUAUAUAUA